AUGACUAACGGCGACUCCAGCGCGAAUUCUAAAGUCGUGGCGAUACCAUUCCCCUUUGUGAAAAGAAAAGUAGAGUGCGCUGGUGCAGCAUUUCUUAGAUAUCACAAUAUUAAAUGCCAUGGUGGCGACGCGCUGUUUGAAACUCUCCAGUCCAACGAGAAGACCGAGGAGGUCAUUUUCGAUGAUGACGUCGAGUAUCUGCGGAGCUUGGACCCUAAGGAUUGGAAGAUGCAGGACCAUUAUGCUGUUCUAGGUAUAAAAAAUUUACGAUACAAAGCUACCGAUGAUGAUAUAAAGCGUGCUUAUCGGCAGAAAGUGUUAAAACAUCACCCCGACAAGCGUAAGGCGCAAGGCGAGGAGGUUCGCAGUGACGAUGACUAUUUCACAUGCAUCACCAAAGCUUACGAGAUAUUAGGCACUCCAAUUAAACGCAGGUCAUAUGAUUCCAUAGACCCUACCGUGGAUGAUACCGUGCCAUCGCAAGCUGAUGUUAAAAAGGAUGGCUUUUACAAAUCUUUCGUUAAACAUUUUGAAUCUAACGCUCGGUGGUCAGAGAAGAAAAAUGUGCCUUUGUUGGGUGAUGAGAACAGUUCCCGAGAACAAGUCGAGAGGUUUUACGCAUUUUGGUACGACUUUGAAUCGUGGCGCGAGUUCUCUUACUUGGAUGAGGAGGAGAAAGAGAGGGGACAGGAUCGGGAGGAGAGGCGAUGGAUAGAGAAGCAAAACAAGGUUGCACGAGCUAAACUGAAGAAGGAGGAAAUGGCCCGUUUACGUAGUUUAGUUGAUCUUGCAUAUGCAUCUGAUCCUCGAAUUCAGCGGUUUAAGCAAGAGGACAAAGAUAAGAAACUAGCUGCCAAACGAGCUAAACAGGAUGCUGUCCAAGCCAAGAAAGCAGAGGAAGAACGUCUGAUGAAGGAGGCCCUGCUUGCCAAGCAGAAAGCUGAAGAGGCAGAAAGAGCCCGGAUAGAGGCAGCCCGUGCUGAACGAGAGCAACAGAAAAAGAAUCUUAGGAAGGAACGUAAAGCAUUUAGAGAUCUCUGUAAAUCUAACAAUUACUACUCUAAGAGCGACGAGGAGACUGUUGCACAUAUGGCAGCGGUGGAGAAAAUCUGUGAAAUGAUGAAACUCGUAGAAUUACAGGAAUGUAUUAAAUCAAUUGAGAGUAAAGGAAGGGAAGCAUUCGUGAAUACUGUAAAAGAGACCGAAGAAAAGCUAGAAGCUGAGCGAAAAGCUUUAUUUGAAAAUAGGAAAGUUGAAGAACAUAAAGCUAAGAAGGAAUCUGCACUCAAACAGCCAAUAGAAUGGUCGGUUGAGAUGACACAACUUCUAAUUAAAGCCGUUAACUUAUUCCCAGCAGGAACAAACCAGAGAUGGGACGUUGUAGCCAACUUUUUAAAUCAACACGGCACAUUCACUGAUGAAAGAAGGUUUGUAGCAAAAGACGUACUAAACAAAGCAAAAGACUUGCAAAGCUCAGACUUCUCUAAAAGCAGCCUCAAAAAAGCUGCCAAUGAGGAGGCUUUCGAUCAAUUCGAGAAGGAGAAAAAGAAGAUGCAUAACCAUAUUGAUGAUAGUGGUAUAUCUAAAAGUGAUAAUCCGUCUAAAGUUAAAUUAGUGAAUGGAACAGCUACUCCUAAGGCCGAGGAAGUCGUCGCCAAGCCUGAUGACAAGCCUUGGACGAAAACCGAACAAGAACUAUUAGAGCAGGCGAUCAAGACUUUCCCUGUGAGUACAUCGGAGAGAUGGGAGAAGAUUGCCGACUGCAUACCUAACCGUACUAAAAAAGACUGCAUGAAGCGUUACAAGGAGUUAGUGGAAUUAGUUAAAGCAAAGAAACAAGCAGCUAAUCUCUCAAAAUAG